AUGGCAUAUGAUGAUGAUUUAAUAAGCACUUACCCUGUGCCUGAACUUACCCUGAACAUCAAUACUGUGUUGGACACCAUGCACCUUGCAGUCCACGUGCAUGACAUCUGCCACGUCAUCAUCGACAACCUGCAGUUGGUGAUGGGACGGAGGCAGCGGUCGGCAGAUAGGCUCACAACCCAGGACAACGUCAUUGGGGCACUGAGGAAGUUCGCCACCGACAGCGGCUGCCACGUGACCGUGGUCGUCCGCCCCCAUAAAGAGGACGACAAAAGAGAGCUGCAGGCAGACUCCAUUUCUAGGUUGGCUGAGGUGGCAGACAACGUCCUCAUCCUCCAGGACAGGAAGCUGGUAACGGCGCCAGGCAAGCGCUACCUGCAGGUGGCCAAGAACUGCUUUGAUGGGGAUUUGGGCACCUUCCCGCUGGAGUUCUGUAAGACCUCGUUGACCUUCUCCCCCCCAGUCAAGGGCAAGGCUCGGCCCAAGAAGGGGAAGGACGGCAACCAUCUGGCCUCCCCCAAGGUCCUGGGGGCCAGAAAGGAGGAGGAGGCCCCAGAGGAGCUGUGAGGUCAGCUGUACCUGGAUGCCACCGGCCACCCCACUACCACCCCAGCUAAGAGCUGGGGCAUGAGGACAGGGAGCAGCAGGCUCUGG